AUGGGACCCCCGCGGUGGGUUCCCGGUGGGCUCCCGGUGGGCACGACGCCAGCCCAGCCGAGCUGUGCCCGCCUUGGCUCGGGCAGGAGCAGGGGGGAGCGGAGCGGCGAGAAAAACAACCGAGAAAGAGGAAAAGGGAAGAACAGACCGCGGGAAGCGGCGGCGGGGGAGGAGGAGGAGGCCGGUACUGGCAGCGUUUUGGGGGGGCUCGGGGCGCCCAUCGCAGCCCCCCAUGCACACUCCUGGGUGCCCACCCCGAAGUUCGGAGCUCAAAGGGUGGUGGAGGGGAAGGACCGGCCCGCUAAGGACGUGUCUGGCUCCAGAGAUCCCUCCUGCAUGGUCAAGGUGGGCAACGAGGUGGUGGCCAGGGGUCUGGCCCCACGGGACCCCUCAGGCCCCUCGGACCCCUUUGCCCGGGGGUUGUGCUGCGGGCACAUGCUGGGCACAGCCGUGAGCCGGGGGUGGGUGCUGGCACCCCGAGAAAACCCUUUCCCGUGCUGGGAUGAGGGGCUGGAGUUGGAGCUGCCAGAAGGAGAAGCUGUGCUGAGUGUGGAGUGGUGGGGCUGGGACAUCGUGGGCAAGAACAACUUCCCGGGAUGGGGCGAGUUCCCCUUGGACACCAUCAACACGGACCCCACCAGGGGCUGGUUCCAGCUCCUGCCCUCGCCCAGCACCAGCCAGGACCACGGGUGGGUGCUGAGGGAUGGGGGGACCCCCGGGGGUGGCUGGGGACCAUCUGAGCGCAGGGGCCUCGCCGUGCCCACUCUGCCCUCCCCACAGCCUCCUGAUGGCACAGUCCUGGACAUCCUGGAGGAGUUGACCUCAGGGGAGAGCCGGCAGGACGUGGUCACCAAGCUGGUGAACAUCUUCCUGGGGCAGGGGCUGGCUGUGCCCCUCCUGGACUGUGUCACCACCCAUGAGUUGGCCAGGACCACUGAUCCCAACACCCUGUUCUGCUCCAACUCAACGGCCUCCAAGUCCACGGAGCAGUUCAUGAGGGCUGUGGGGCUGCCCUGCCUGCACGAGGUCCUGAAGCCCGUGGUGAGCCACAUCCUUGAGGAGAAGAAGCCCAUGGAGCUGGAGCCCGGCAGGAUGGGGCUGAGCCAGGGCAGGGGGGCCACCCAUUGCUGCUGA